GCGGCGACAGCAGUUGUGCCGCCUGGUUGUUGUGAAGCUUUGAAAGGAGGACGGUGGAACAAAGGAAUUAUAUCAUUUACACACGGUAAAUGCAGUGUUGCCGUCAUUAGCAGCAACACUAAUAAAAAUAGUAACGUCUGUAGUAGUAGUAGUAUUAAUAAUAGUAAUAAAGGUUUUGAGCAUCAAACCACCGAGGAUGUCCAAAGACAUGAUGACGGUACAGAAGGACACCGGUGCCAUGAACAGUUCUCUGUCGGCCAAAACACCCGAACACGACGACCAAACGGGUAACAACAAAGAUGUGGAUUCCACGACGGAUAAAUCGAACUAUGUCGAUGCUGAAGAACCGCCCGAUUUGGAAACCGAACCCGAAUUGGAACUGGAACUUUCGGUGUCUUCGCCGAUGUCCUUCACCUCUGUUAACCCCGACUUCAACGAGGUGAGCAAUCAAAGUUCUGCUGUUAAAACCACACGGGAUAAUAAUUCUGCGGACGAUGUUUCUAAUUCUACCACCAACACGAGGACGACCAGAACCACCACAACCAAGGCUAAUGGGAAGACCCCUAGCAAGGGCGAGGCCAUUUCCAAGAGACGUGGAACUCGUCAACUGACCAGAGUACGGGAAAUGGAUCGGGAACUUGCCAGCUGGAUUAACGGUUUCUAUACUAACGAUAAACUGGAUGAAUUAACACGGGAUAUGAUCACAGACAGAGCGAGAGAAAUAGCGAAGGAAAAAAAGAUUUUGGAUUUUGCCGGCACCGCUAACUGGUUUACCAGGUUCCUAGGAAGGAAUUUCUCAGAUGCGAGUGUUAGUAAACAACUAAAAAUGCUCUCUUUUGCAAAUCCUGGUAAGUUUAUGGAAGAUUUUGAUCCAGAACGGAGUGCGAGAGAAAUGCGCAAGAUGAAUCGCAGAAUAUACAGAGAGAAUGUGAAAAAGAACCAGAUGUAUGAUGAAGCAGGACGGCUUCUUGAUAACAGCAAAGACGUCUGCGACUGCUUGGAUGAGGACUGUCCCGGUUGUCAUUUUCCUUGCCGCAAGUGUGGCUCCGAAAAAUGUGGCACAGAGUGCCGUUGCAAUCGUAAAUGGGUGUAUGAGUUGGUAGAAAUUGAAGGUACCAAUUUAGUGAUAAGCAAUUCUUCCCUACCAUAACUUUAGUCAAUUGUGUGUAUAUAUGUGUGUGUGUAUGCUUGCAUGUAUGUAUGUUAUAUAUAUAUAUAUAUAUAUUUGUGUGCGUGUAUGCAUUUGUGUGUGUAUAUAUUUGUGU